GCGCUCUCAGGAUGUGGCGGUGGAGCUGGUGCCUCUUCUCAUCAAUGCGGCGUCAGGGGCUGUGGUGAGUCGGCUUUCAGGGGGGGAUGGCUGUUGCACGGUCCGUCAGCAGAAACAACUAAAUCAGCAAAAUGUCCUCGAUCCUCGACGCUGCGGCCCGAGUGCGGUGGGAGCGCUCCUCUGCGGUGAAAAGAGCGGUGUUUCUAACAGCGGCCGCCUACGGCAUCAAGACCCUGUGCCCCAUCAUCUGCAGGCGUCUGAGGAAGCGCAGCGAGCCGGCCACGAACGGACAGGUUUCCAAAGCGGAGAACGGCUCUAUCUGCUCUGGAAACGCACAGGAGAAAAAGACAUCACCGGGAGUAAACGCGGAGUUCUUCAGACAGAUCCUGGAGCUGGGGAAAAUCCUGUUUCCUCAGCUCGUGUCCAGAGAAUUAGGUUUACUGUCGCUGCAUUCUGUGGCGCUCAUCUCCAGGACGUUUCUGUCUAUUUACGUGGCCAGUUUGGACGGUAAGAUUGUCAAAACUAUAGUGGAAAAGAAACCUAAACGCUUCAUGUGGCAGCUGAUCAAAUGGCUCCUCAUCGCCAUCCCUGCCACCUUCGUGAACAGCGCCAUCCGGUACCUGGAGUGUAAACUGGCCCUGGCCUUCCGCACCCGGCUCGUGGACCAUGCCUACAGGACCUACUUCACAGACCAGACCUACUACAAAGUGAGCAACAUGGACGGCAGACUGGCCAACCCGGACCAGUCUCUCACCGAGGAUGUGAUGAUGUUCUCUCAGUCUGUGGCGCACCUCUACUCCAACCUCACCAAGCCCAUCCUGGACGUGAUGCUCACCUCCUACACCCUCAUCCAGACGGCCAGGUCCCGUGGGGCCAGCGCCUCCGGGCCCACGCUCCUGGCCGGGCUGGUGGUGUUUGCUACGGCCAAAGUUCUCAGGGCGUGCUCCCCUAAGUUUGGUAAACUGGUGGCGGAGGAGGCGCACAGGAAAGGAUACCUGCGAUACGUGCACUCCAGGAUCAUCGCCAACGCGGAGGAGAUCGCGUUCUACAGAGGACACAAGGUGGAGAUGCGUCAGCUGCAGAAGUGUUACCGAGCGCUCGCCGACCAGAUGAACCUGAUCCUGUCCAAACGCCUGUGGUACAUCAUGAUCGAACAGUUCCUCAUGAAGUACGUGUGGAGCGGGAGUGGACUCGUCAUGGUGGCCGUGCCCAUCAUCACCGCCACCGGGUUCGCUGACAACGCGGCCGCAGACGGACAGCCUCAGGUGAUGGUGAGCGAGCGGACAGAGGCCUUCACGACGGCGAGGAACCUCCUGGCCUCCGGCGCCGACGCCAUCGAGCGAAUCAUGUCCUCGUACAAAGAGGUCACAGAGCUGGCGGGAUACACGGCUCGGGUGCACAACAUGUUCGUGGUGUUCGAGGACGUCCAGAAGGGCAUUUACAAACGGUCGUCGCUAACGGCAACCGCAGGAGGGGAGAAGAAGAGCAAACCGGGGAUGCACAUCGACGGACCGCUGGAGAUCAGGGGGGAAGUGAUCGACGUGGACCAGGGCAUCGUGUGUGAGAACGUGCCCAUUAUUACACCAAAUGGAGACGUUGUGGUGUCCUGCUUGAACUUUCAGGUGGAGGACUCCAUGCACCUGCUCAUCACUGGACCAAACGGUUGUGGGAAGAGCUCUCUGUUCAGGAUCCUGAGCGGUCUGUGGCCCGUUUAUGGAGGUCGUCUGCACAAACCGUCCCCUCAGCACAUGUUCUACAUCCCACAGAGGCCGUACAUGUCCAUGGGGUCUCUGAGGGACCAGGUCAUUUACCCAGACUCCCUGGAGGACAUGUCCGCUCGCAGCCUCACGGACAAAGACCUGGAAGCCAUUUUGGACAUCGUCAACCUCAACCACAUCGUCACCAGAGAAGGAGGCUGGGACGCAGAGCUGGACUGGAAGGACGUGCUCUCGGGGGGUGAAAAGCAGAGGAUGGGGAUGGCUCGUAUGUUUUAUCACAAGCCGAAGUACGCUCUGCUGGACGAGUGCACCAGCGCCGUGAGCAUCGACGUCGAAGGGAAGAUUUUCCAGGCGGCCAAAGACGCCGGGAUCUCCCUCCUGUCCAUCACACACAGACCGUCACUCUGGAAGUACCACACCCACCUGCUGCAGUUCGACGGCGAGGGCGGGUGGCGUUUCGAGCAGCUGGACACGGCCACGCGCCUCUCGCUCACGGAGGAAAAACAGAGACUCGAAUCCCAACUGGCCGGGAUCCCCGAAAUGCAACACCGCCUCAACGAACUCUGCAAGAUCCUGGGAGAUGAUUCAGUGCUGAAGACGGCGGAGGAGUGAACGAAAAGACGGACGGACGGAGGGGUAAAAGGGACAAAAAGAGGAACACUAGCAUCAUUUUUAAGCAUUUUCCACCUCUGCUUUUCCUGUCAAAACUGCUUUACCCACUUAGUAAGACUUGAAUCCUGAUAUCUAAGUGACUUUUAUAAGGACUUUACAUUUUAUUUAUUUGUUUUUAGUUUGUUAGCACUUUACUUCCGUUUUAGAGCGAUUGUGAAAACCCUUUUUAACCCAAUAACGACGUAUUUCCUUAUCAGUAUUUCUAAUUCGCAGGGUUUACCAGCUUAAAAAUAUAAAAGUGAAUGCAUUUUAGACACUUUAGAUUUUUAAACGUAGUGGCUGAGUGUGAAUGUCCACAUUAUUCCCUACAGGGGGCGCUAUUUAGGCGUCCAAAUGCUGCCCGAAUGGUGGAAAUUGGUGGAAUUGGUGGAAAAGUAGUGCGCGCAAAAUUUCCCACAAUGGAAAAACACAAUGGAGUAGGUGCGUUAGCCGCUAGCUCCCGCAUUACUUUUUCAGUUUUACCUACAAAACUCUAUUUGACCGACGUGCGCUGUCGUUUUGGGGCUUCGGACAGUGCGUUUGGCGUUUGAAAUACGCCUAAAACAAUCGAACAAACUAAGAAAAAGUUACAGCAGCGGAGAGUUCGUCUGCGGCUGCUAGCGCCGGCUCACCUGAUGGCGUUAGAGCUAGCUUGACGGGCUUCCUCGAGCAGGACGGAACAGCUUUAGCCGCUGACUUCAAAGCCUCAGUUAGUGCGCUUAAAAUGUCCCACAGUCGUCCUUGAAAAAUAGCGAGCGUCAGUGGUCACUAGAGCGGUCAAUAUAGACCACAAUGCACUGCGAGAGUCGGAAAUACAGCAGGUCUUUAACUGGACACAACACGACUGAAUGAAGCUAAAUAAACCGUUGCGGUGUAAAGUUGCUAGAGUUAGCCACUUACCCUAGCUUGAGCUGCUAACAGAGUCACAAUUUACACUUCUCAGUAAAAAAAAAAAUGAGACUGAUCCUGAUUAUGAAUAAAACACUUCGUUGCUGCAUAAAGUUGCUAGCGUUAGCCAUUUACCUUAGCUCGUACUGUUAACAAAGCGAGAAUUUCCACUUCUCAGAUU